UUGUUUGAAGGCCCGGUCUUAGGACACUGUUGAUGUGAAUUAAUUUGUGGCAAUAAAAGUUCCAAAAAAAACAAGAGAGCAAUUAUAACCUGAUGAUCCACAGAUAUCAUAGAUUAUAACUAGAGAAAAAACAAACACAAUAUUUGUUCUUUAAAAUGUAUUCUUCUUGGCUACUUUUGGAGUGAGUUUGCUUUUGUUUCUUGUUUUGUCAAGUAAUCCGUAUUUAGACGUUUUGUCUUAAGAAGUCAUACUGCAACCUGGGGUUAAAAAAAAUAAAUACAAUUUUUUCUAACAACCAUUGCAACUGCAUUUAGUUUUGCUGUUUAUGUUUUAAGAAUAGUAUUCUCUUCAAAGUUCACAUUUUAACAUCUGCACAAACCUGUUCUGAAAUGUGAUUCUUGUAAUAAUUUGUCAGUUCAGGUUGCAUAUACAGGGCCAGCAGUUUUUAUGCAGAAUAAGACUGGAGAUUUUGUUGUUUGUGGAGGAAAUUGUGGCGCUUCAAUAAUUGCAGCCUUUAUGAUUUGCUCAUUGUAUCCAUCCAACUUUUAAUUCAAUUAUGAUUAAUUUUGCAGCUUUGAUACAAUGUGUAUGUAAACCUGUCAAUGUUUUCUUUUUUCCAUUAGCAAUGUCAGACCACUUAUUGCAGCGAUUUGCCAAGUUCAACGGCGGCUUCAGUCAGGAGCAGCUUGACUGGUUAGACUCUAUUCUGUCCACUGCAGACGACAAACAGGAAAAGGUCACCAUUGUCAGCCACCUGCCAGUGCACCCAGACUCCACAGACCCCGUGUGCUUGGCUUGGAACCACAGUGCCCUCCUGCAGCUGCUCCUUAAACACCCCAGUGUGGUGCUGUUCAUGGCGGGACAUGACCAUGAUGGAGGCUACCACCAUGACCAGCAGAGUGAUGUGCACCACCUCACACUAGAGGGUGUCAUAGAGACACCCCCAGACAGUAACGCCUUCGGGACAGUGUCGGUAUAUCAGGACAGGAUGGUGCUCACGGGACAUGGGAGGACAGCAAGUCGAAUUCUGGACUUUUCAUAAAACCAAAGAAGGCAACCUUUAGAGUGUGCACUUUAGUGAAGACUAUGAAAUGUCAAUUUUAGUGAUUGUGGAAGUGGUUGUAUCAGGGAACUUAUCAACUGCUGUUGAUUUUUUGCACACAUACAGAUAAUUUUUAAAAGUCUGAUUUUACAGACAUCAUAUUUAUAAGAUAUUAAAAAAACGGUCAGUACUGAGAUAUUUAUAGUUUUUAAUGAAACUCUACAUUCUUGCAGUGUCUUAAAAUUCAAAGAUAAUUUUUGGUGUUUUACUGCUUUUGAAUUAUUGUAUGGAAUUAAUAUUUUACAUGUGCUGUUGGAUGAUCCAUUCUAUUGUGUGGAAAUAUUAGCAAUAUAGGCCCUCAAUAAAUGUAAUUGCAAAAACAUGGAAUGCAUAACUGUGUUAAUUGUCUAAUCUAGUGAAAGGUUGGUUACAAUUUAAUUGGGUAAUGCUUA